AUAAAGUCAACAGAAGGUGCAAAGUUCAAGCCUUCAUAGUCACUCUCUCUCUGGGCUGGGCUAUUGAACUGGACAGAAGAACGCAAGAGCUUUACGAGAAAUACAUAAUCCAGAAACUUCAGAGUUCAGAUCAGGCGAAGGAAGGGAACUUGUCGACAAUCAAUUGACGCUAACUGGGAAACUCUCCGAAAUGGGAUCUGGAGCGGGCAGUUUUUUCAAGGUCGUCCUCAAGAACUUCGACGUUCUUGCCGGGCCUCUGGUGAGUCUUGUUUAUCCUCUAUAUGCAUCAGUUAGAGCCAUUGAAACAAAGUCUCCUGUGGAUGAUCAGCAAUGGCUUACUUACUGGAUUCUAUAUUCUAUGCUCACCCUCUUUGAGCUUACAUUUGCCAAAGUUCUCGAAUGGAUCCCUAUCUGGCCAUAUGCAAAGUUGAUUUUAUCAUGCUGGUUGGUCAUUCCAUACUUCAGUGGUGCUGCAUAUGUGUAUGAGCAUUUCGUCAGGCCGCUUUUCACCAACAAACAGACGGUUAACAUUUGGUAUGUUCCAAAGAUGAAGGACUUCUUCAGCAAGUCCGACGACAUCCUAACUGCUGCAGAGAAGUACAUUGCUGAAAAUGGGACCGAAGACCUCCAAAAUCUCAUAAACAGGGCUGAUAAGGCUCAGGCAAGUAAUCGUUACAUGAGCUAUUCUGAGGGCCACAGCCACGACCACGACCACGACGAGUAUUGGCACUAAUCUAUAUCAAGUGUUGGAGGACAAUAGAGUACAAUGUUUUGGGCUGUCUUUCAGCUGAUGUUGUGUGAUAGAGUUUAAUUAUAUGCCUCAUAGUGAAAUGUUUUGUUAUUGUUCAUAUGAAACACUGGACAGUCCUCUGUAGUCUGUAAGAUAUAAGUUACAACCUCCAACUUCAUGUUUACUAAUUAUUGUUCAUAUGCAGGUGUUAAGCUAAUCUGUUGAUUAA